CCACGCCUUGCCCUUCCUCAAAGACAAAGGCCUCUGUAAAUGUCUUUAUUUCUUCUUCGUUUUUCCAUGGUUCAAUGAUGAGAAUCGUUCUUUUCCCUCAUUAUUCUUUGUUGAAUCGGUGAAAUUGUGAUAUUAGUUUCGAGACUAAAGGAUUAACUGUUGUUAUUCGGAAGUUUCGUUUGUGCUUUCUGACAGUUUUCUUGAAACAAUUUGGGUUUUCUUCGUUGGAGAUCUUGCUGAAAGACACCAAUUGCCCAAGAGACAGUCACACAGAGUCGUUGCAAAGAUGAAUGAUCUUAUGACAAGGUCGUUUUUGAGUUACGUUGAUUUGAAGAAACAGGCCAUGAAAGACCUCGAAGCAGGGGCCGACAUCGAGAUGGGGCAACUUGACCCCGUUGAUGAAAGAAAUCUCUCACAGUUCUUUGAAGAGGUGGCUGCAACCAAGGCCGAUAUGGAAGAGAUCACCAAUCUGCUUCUUGACCUUCAUGACCUGAAUGAAGAGACAAAGUCCACUCAUAGUGCUAAGGUUCUUCGAGGGCUCAGAGAUCGGAUUAAUUCUGACAUGAUCACUGUUCUCAGGAAGGCAAAAAUCAUCAAAACUAGACUUGAAUUGCUUGAUCAAUCAAACAUAGCUAAUAGGAUUGUCUCGGUAGCUUAUAAAGAAGGAAGCCCGGUUGAUCGAACAAGAAUAUCAGUGACUAAUGGUUUGAGACUGAAAUUGAGAGAUAUGAUGAACGAUUUUCAGGUCUUGAGAGAAAAGAUUGUCACAGAACAUAAAGACGGUCUAAAGAGGAGGUACUAUAGUGCCACCGGGGAGGAACCAAGUGAGGAAGUAAUUGAGAAGAUGGUUGUGGGGGGUGAGCAGGUGGGAAUUUUUGAAGGGAAGACAGAGCUGGUGAUGGAGAAUCAGGAAAGGCAUGAGGCUGUGAAGGACAUACAGAGAAGCUUAAUUCAGCUUCACCAGGUGUUUCUUGAUAUGGCUGUGAUGGUGGAGACCCAAGGUGAACAGAUUAACGAUAUCGAACAGAAUGUGGCUAAUGCUGAAGCAUAUAUCAGCGGUGGGACGAAAGAAUUGAAUCAAGCUAAACAGGUGAAGAAGAGGAGGACAUGGGUUUGUUGGGUUGGGGUUGUGGUGCUGGUGUUUUUAUUGGUAUUGCUUAUUUCAAUUCUAUUUUGAAAAAUUGGACAUCAUCACUGGGUUAUGCUUGAUUUUACAUUGUUUGUCCAGGAGGUUUGGUCCUGAAGUACAGUUGUGCUUGAGCUUUUUGUCUUGAAGAGUCAUUUUCCGUUGGAGUUUCUUCUUGUAUCUAUCGUUUUAAGGGCAAUGUGUUUGAUGAUAUCUGUUCAUCAUUCACUAUAUAUACUUCUACAAUUUUGGGUUGUUCAAUUAUGGAUAUAUUUGAGUCUAAAAGAAUGUAAUGUUUGUUUGCAUAUUCUGUUUGAAAUAUCUGAACUGAUCAUUUUGUUGGGUAACUAAUAUUGAUGAAGUGGUUUUUUUUCCUUUGUAUACUCGAUGGAAGCUUAUGCAUUUAUGGUUUUUCUUUGUCUAAACAUGC